AUGAUAUCUCAUUCAAUUAAUCGUGUCUCAACUGGUGCAAGUACCGUCUCUUGCAAAAAGAGAUUCGCUAUCAAAAUAGAAGAAUUUGUAGACUUUUGGUUUUGGCGCUGCUUCCACACCCCCCACACACUUUGGUGGGCUUUUUUUUCUUUCCCCCUCUUUGGCGGGCUUUUUUUUUUCUUUCCCCUCUUUGGCGGGCUUUUUUUUUUCUUUCCCCUCUUUGGCGGGCUUUUUUUUCUUUCCCCUCUUUGGCGGGCUUUUUUUUCUUUCCCCCUUUUUUUUUUGGCGGGCUUUUUUUUCUUUCCCCUUUUGGCGGGCUUUUUUUUUUCCCCUCUUUGGCGGGCUUUUUUUUUCUUUCCCCCUCUUUGGCGGGCUUUUUUUUUCUUUCCCCCUCUUUGGCGGGCUUUUUUUUUCUUUCCCCCUCUUUGGCGGGCUUUUUUUUUUUUUCUUGGCGGGCUUUUUUUUUCUUUCCCCCUCUUUGGCGGGCUUUUUUUUUCUUUCCCCCUCUUUGGCGGGCUUUUUUUUUUUCCUCUUUGGCGGGCUUUUUUUUCCCCCCUUUUGGGGGCUUUUUUUUUUCCCCCUCUUUGGCGGGCUUUUUUUUUUCCCCUCUUUGGCGGGCUUUUUUUCUUUCCCCCUUUGGCGGGCUUUUUUUUCUUUCCCCCUCUUUGGCGGGCUUUUUUUUUUCCCCCUCUUUUCCCCCCUCUUUGGCGGGCUUUUUUUCUUUCCCCUCUUUGGCGGGCUUUUUUUUCUUUCCCCCCUCUUUGGCGGGCUUUUUUUCCCCCUUUGGCGGGCUUUUUUUUUCUUUCCCCCUCUUUGGCGGGCUUAGUUGGCAUUUUACAAUCAUCAACCGGUUGUGAUUUUUGA